AUGCGUCAAGUUUACGGUCAUUGGCCUUAUGAAUCACGUGAAUUAUGCGUAUACUGGCUCUCUCUCAACGUGUUCUUGUGUUCAGCUUCGAUAUUGAACAUAUGCUGUAUCUCUGUGGAUCGAUAUAUUGCAAUCAAUUAUCCGAUGAAAUAUAUCAGCAAGCGAACACGUCGUACUGCAUUUGCAAUGAUUGGAGGUGCUUGGAUGGCAUCUUUCUUAGCAAUGAUCCCAACUAUAUUUAGCUCCCAGCACCACACGGGAGUAGGCCGUUGUUACAUAAGAAGUGAUGCAAGAUACAGAUUUCUCAGAGGAACCUCGAUAUUCAUCAUACCAAUUUUGUUAGUCGGUUUCAUUUACAUUCGUAUAUUUUGGGUGAUUCGACGUCGUUCAAAGGAAUUCGAAUUUGGUCAGUUUUCAUCUAAUCCGAAAGAACAUAGAUUUGGAACAUUUAAAUUUCUUUUCAUUCCGAAUAAUAUUUAUAACCAUAGUUUUGGACGUAAAAUGAACUGUUUCAGUUCACGUAACUCUAAUCAGCGUCAAUUGUUUGUAUCAAAUUAUACACAAUCUAAUUUAUUUAUUGCAUAUACGCCCAGUAAGAGACGUAAAACUGCUAAAGAAUAUACUGAAAAUCAGUCUCACGGUCAAAGUUCGUCCACUCCAUUCUCUAAUAAGCGUUCCGAAAAAAUAGAACGAGAGUGCUCAGAAACUUCUAGCAAAUACACACAACAUAUUCACAUGUCUCCAAUAUCAAUGUUGCAUACAACGACCAAAUCUGAUCCAGAUGAUUCUUCUACAUUUUCGAUUCACAAUAGCAUUGAGAACACAGAAAUCUAUACUUUGCAAACUACAGAUACCAUCAAUAAAACAGUCGACGCUUCUAUGAACGAUCGGCAGAACGAUCAGCAACCUAAACACGAACACAGAUUAAACAGUCAGAAUGAACGAAUUGUGAAUUCCAAGCCGAAGUAUUCUAACACACACAAUAGUAUGAUUUACCAACGACGCAAACGCCUUGUAUACAAGAGUGAAAAGAAAACUGUGAAAAACAGUAGCAUUGGUGGAGCAUGUGAAUGUCUAUUGUCAGAAACAAUUUACAUGGCUACUGGUUGGAUAGCAUAUUUGAAUAGUAUGUGUAAUCCAAUUAUAUACGCAUUUUGUAAUAAAGAAUAUGCAAAAGCAUUUAAACGUUUGUUACAUAUUGGAAGUAAUAAUUGA